GGGAAAAGGCAGUGCUGAGUGAACAGAGUGAUGUAUAAACAAAGCAUUUUAUUUAACACACUGGCUAUAAUUCACAUUUGUGUUACUGGAUAUAAUGAAACAUGUGUUUUUGAUCAUUUUCGCCCCGCAAAAUACGCGUUAAAGCAAAAAUAAAUACAACGAAUGCAUGAAUGAACGAAUACAUAAAUAUGCAUGAAUGCACCAGAGAGGACGGAAUGGUUUCAUUCAUGUGUUUAUAAAUAGGCGCACGUUCCUCACGCGCGCAGCUGCAUUCAUAAAGAUGAAGAGAAGCCGCCGAUGUUUGUGGAAUGUGACAACUGAGAGUCCCUGAAAGCGUCGUCAGGACAAAAAAACGCAAACCCUUGUUAGUGAAUCCCUGACAAUAAAAAAGAGCACGCUAUUUUACACUGAAAUGUAUAUAGAGCUGCGUGGCUGUCAGGCUGCCUCCCCUCCCCUUCCUCCUCCUCCUCCUCCUCCUCCCCCUCCUCCUCAUGUGAAUGGUACAGUCUUUGUUCAUUCAUAAAAUUCUCGCAGAGCACAAAAGGAGGGGCUUGCAUUCUCGUCGUCCAGUUGCCAGGUAUAUACCUGGAGGAGAGAGCCGCGGAAGGCCAGCGUUUUCUCACUGAUUGGGAUUUAUCUAUUGUUUUAUUUAUUUAUUAAUUUGUUUGUUUAUUUAUUUUUGUGUGUGCAUUCAUUCUUCUCCUCGUCCACCCUUCUUGUUUUCCACCUGGUGAGGAUGUUUCACAUCAACCUGACGCCUGACAUGGAUUCAGUCUCUGCCACAAGCCGGUCUCCUGUUGUCGGGACACUGUGCCAGAAGACGCCAGAAGAUGAGGCGAGCUCUCCAGCCUCCUCCUCCUCCUCCUCCGAGAGCAACGCAAAGGACGUCUGCCAGAGUGUUGAAGACACUCCAUUUGUGCCGACAGUCACUGCGAUCUCCUCCACCCCAGAUUUUCAGUGGAUGGUCCAGCCUACGAUUAUCACAUCCAUCUCCCCGUCUCUGGGAUGCAACCAAGCCAAUGAACCCCAAAGCUCCCACCAGACAACACCCAAAGCAGGCGGGAAUAAGGGGAAAAAUGCUGCCAGAAAGGGGAAACCCGAGCAGCUCUCUCCAGAGGAGGAGGAGAAGAAGAGGGUGAGGAGGGAGAGGAAUAAAAUGGCUGCAGCAAAGUGUCGCAACAGACGGAGGGAACUCACAGAUACACUGCAAGCUGAGACAGACACGCUGGAAGAGGAAAAAUCAGCCCUGGAGACGGAAAUAGCCAACCUCCUGAAGGAGAAAGAGCGCCUUGAAUUCAUCCUCGCCACUCAUAAACCGCUGUGCCAAAUGUCAGAGGAGCUCGAGGUGAUUUUCCAGGAGCCCGCAGCGUCCAUGGAGCUGUCACCCGGUCCAGACGUGGACAGACUUCCAGAGGACGGCGCCCAGGAAGCCCCUUCACUCCAGGACAUGGACGUCCCCAGUGAUCCGUCCACAGCCAUCUCUGGGAACUCCAACAUCCUGCUGUGUGCCAGUGCUGAAAUCAACAUCUGCGACCUGGAGCCCUCUCUGGACAUGAAGGAGGGGCUGCUGGACAGCAUGUUACCCAGUUUGGAAGAGAAGACUCCCAUGGAGACGGCUCGGUCCGUGCCAGACAUAGACCUGAGCAGUUCUCUCGGGCUCUCCGACUGGGAGACCCUGUACAAAUCCGUGUCGAGCGACCUGGAGCCUCUCAGCACUCCCGUGGUGACCUCCACCCCCACGUGCAGCAGCUACCUGUCCAUGUUCACGUUUGCUUGUCCCGAGCUGGACUCUGUCCCUGAGGGACUGGACAGCCAUAAAAGUGGAGGAGGGGCCAAAGCCGAGUCCGUCGACAUCCUCAACUCGCCGACUCUCCUCGCCUUAUAAUGUCUCGGAGGCAGAUUCGCUCCCUGAUGUCUCUCUGCUUCUUCUUCUGUUCGCAGGUUCCCUGACUCUGAACGCCACAGUGUGCGAGGACCACAUUCACAAAGCGUCUGUGCGUGUGCGUGUGCGUGCGUGUGUGUGAACUCUGUCCAGAUGCAUAACCAAACACAGCGAUGUAGCUGAAAGCAUGGCUUUUAUUCACACUCGAGGGACCGGAAGAGUCGGUGUUGGGUUGUUGUUGUUGUUGUUUUUUAAAAAAGCAAACAAAAACAAAACAAAAGCAUGCUGAGGAAUUCCAAAAUAACUUUAAGAGCUCAUAUUUAUCUGAUCUGCUCCUAGAUCUAACGGCGUAAUGUGGAACCUAAAUGUUAUGGUAUGGUUUUGUGCGUUUUUUGGUGUCAAUGGUGUGCAUUAAUUACUGUAAAUGUUGUAUUUUACAUAUGCAUCCAUGUUAACGUACCUCCAUACCUCAAUGUCAUCAGCUGUGGUUUGACCUCAUUGUUACAAUGUUGAAAGUUUUCCAUGAAAACAUCUAGUGCUAUAUAUAUACAAAUAUAUAUAUAUAAAUAUAAAUAUACAUACUGUGUAUCUUAUCAAGAUGUAACUUAUGGUUUAUUUUUUUACCUUUCAGAUUUUGACUUAUUUGUUAAAAUUUCAGAAAAAUACCUAAAAUGAGCAUUUGAUUGCUUAUCUAUGCUGCUGAAUACUGAACAAUAAAUCGACAGUCAGAGUGUUUGUUUGGCGCCGCUGGUCCUGGUCCUGGUUCUGGUUCUUAACCAAGGUGAAAUAUUAAAAUUGGCAGCUUGGAUGUUAACGUCACGUGUUGUCCCCCCUGUUACGUUCAAGUAAAUUCUACGAAAUGAACUUUAUUUAUUCUUAUACAGGUAGAAUAUUGCACAAAAGUCACCCGCAAUAUGCAAAAAAUACAAUGUUGAACAUGAUUACUUUGUUCUUUAAUAGCGUUUAUGUGCUUUUUAUGUCAUUGUUUACGUCAUUUAUUUUAUUUAUUUUUUACAGCAUGGCACAACGUUCACUUUAGAAAUAUGCAAAAAUCAAGGAUUAUAGCUUUUUUAAGAGUUACGUUUAAGCGUUUUUUUGUUUGUUUGAUUUGUAAUUGUCACACACACACACACAUAAUGAAGAACACAUUAGUUUGAGUAAAUAUGCAAAAUACAAUGUUAUUUGCGGUGUUUAACAUGAGUAUAGUGUUUGUUUUUAUAGCCUGUGGUUGAAAUGAGUGAACUUUUAUUUUGUAAUAAUAAUAAUACUAAUAAUGAA